UACCUGAACGGAACAGCGGAGAAUGUCUACAGGAACGGUAUCCUGCACUGCCACGCCCCUCUAGGCUACGCGAUCAGCCUGGUUUUAGUGGAUUUGCGUGCCCUUCUGCUUAGGCAACCACGCCGUCGGCUUGAUCGGGCCUCCGCAAAGUGACUGGAUCGGCAGCAUCGCGUCUCGCGACGUGAGCCAGCUUUUCGACGCCUUUCUGAUGACUGCGCUCGGAGGUAUUCCGUGGCAGGUGUACUUCCAGCGCGUGCUAAGCUGCGAGACCGACUUCGACGCCCGGAUGCUCUCGUACUUGGCCGCCGUGGGUUGCAUCGCGCUGGCCAUCCCGCCCGCCGUCAUCGGCGCGGUGGCCAAAAGCGCGAAUUUUACGGCGGCCGGCUACCCGGGUCCACACUAUUUGCGGGACAAGGACAUCGUCCGGGUGCUGCCGUAUUCCAUCCGCUACCUGACCUCCGGCUUGGUCUCCAUGAUGGGCCUGAUCGGCAUCACGGCUGCGAUCAUGUCGUCGGUGGACUCGUCCAUGCUCAGUGCCUCCUCCAUUGUCACCAAGAACGUCUACCAGUCCAUCCUUCGACCCAUGGCUUCCGACGUCGAGGUGUCCCUGGUGCUGCGAGUCAUGGUGUUCAUCAUCGGGUGCUGGGCCACCUACGUGGCGCUGUCCGUGAAUUCCGUGUUCGAGCUGUGGUUGUUGUGCUCGGACAUAGUCUACGUGCUGCUGUUUCCGCAGCUGUUCUGCAUCCUGUACUUCGAAAAUAGCAACGCAUACGGCGCCUUUUUGGCUUUUUCCGUCAGCGCCGGCUUCCGCUGGCUGUGCGGCGAGCCGUCGAUGAACGUGCCGGUGACCAUCAGGCUGCCGAUGUACGAUGAGAACCUUGGCCAGCAGUUUCCGUUCCGGUUCGCUUGCAUGCUGCUCGGCCUGCUCACCCAGCUGCUGGGCUCGUACGCCGCCUCUUGGGCUUUCCAGGGUGGCUGGCUGCCGCAGAGCUUCGACGUCUUCAACUGCUUCGCCUCAGGGCGCCAAACCGAACCGAAACAAGCGACCAAGCAGAGCGACCAGAGCCUCGGUGCGACAGGCACCGCCACCGGUGGGCAGCAGCCGGGCGGCGAAUGGAGCCUCAAGCACGAUGUCGGGGCUCCGACUUUAGCCCAGGACGACGACGCCUACAGACUCAGGAGAGCCAGCGCCGUCGAUGCUUUCAGGAGCCGUAGGACCAGCGGCGUUGACGCUUUUAGGGUCCGGAGGGCCAGCUCCGUCGACGCUUCGCCGAAGACCAGGAAAUUGAGCACCGCCGACGCUUCCUCGAAGGCCAGGAGAACCAGCACCGUCGACGCUUUUAGGGUCCGGAGGGCCAGCUCCGUCGACGCUUCGCCGAAGACCAGGAAACUGAGCACCGCCUGACGCUUCCUCGAAGGCCAGGAGAAC